GGAUAUGUGCCAGUUUCGAGGCGGAGAAUGUUCUGGGAAAACGAAAGAGACAGUCACAAUGUACUGGUUUCUGAAGCUUUGUCAAGAAAUAAAUUUGAAUAUAUUUUAUCUCACUUUCACCUAACUGACAACCUCACUAUAAAUACAUCCGACAAAUUUGCUAAAGUUAGGCCAUUGUUCGAUCACCUCAAUGCUGCAUUUUUAAAAUUUGGUAAAUGUGAGGAAAUGCACUGUGUUGACGAAGCCAUGGUACCAUAUUACGGCCGCCAUGGCUGCAAACAAUUUAUUCACAAUAAGCCAAUUCGCUAUGGCUACAAACUUUGGGUAGGAGCAAGUAGAUUAGGCUACGUAAAUUGGAUGGAACCUUACCAAGGUGCUACCACAAAUAUUAGCGAAAAGUAUAUUGAUUAUGGAGUAGGGCCAUCUGUUGUUUUGGAGUAUGCUGACGUUUUAAGUACUAGGUGGCCUAAUAAACGGAUGCACCUAUUUUUUGAUAAUUUCUUUUCCACGUUAUCUUUGUUAGAAUUGCUAUCGGAGAAAAAUUUUAACGCUACCGGAACAAUACGUGAAAAUCGCAUAUCUAAUGGGCCACUGACAAACUCAAAAGAAAUAAAAAAGGAAGCUCGAGGCGUUUUCGAUUUCAAAAAAACAGAAAACCAGAACAUUAUUGUCGUGAAGUGGCAUGACAACAGCAUUGUCACCCUGUGCUCAAAUGCAGUAGGCGUAAACCUUCUGCAUAGGGUGAAAAGAUUUUCACGAAAAGAACGGACAAAUAUUCAGGUGUCGCAGCCACAUCUGAUAAACUUGUACAAUGCAAACAUGGGCGGAGUAGACAGAUGUGACCAAAAUUUGAGUCUUUAUAGAAUUUCACUGAGGAGCAAGAAAUGGUAUUUCCCGCUAGUGGCACACUGUAUUGAUGUAGCUCUGCAAAAUGCUUGGCAGUUGCAUAGACAAAGAGGUGGGGACCUUGACCAGUUAAGGUUCCGAAGACGAGUAGCCACUACGCUAUUAUUACAAAAUAAAAAAAAGAAACACAUUCUAAAGGUAAUAAGUCAUCUACCGAAGGUUUAGACAUUAGGUUUGAUCGUAUGGAUCAUUUGGUAAUUACUCAAAAUAAGCAAACACGCUGUGCACAUUGCCAUGAAAAAACAACCACCAGAUGUUCAAAAUGCGACCAUGGUUCAAAACCACGUCAAAUGUUUUUUGGUAUACCAUACAAAAAGUGUAUAGUUAAUGUAGGUACC